AUGGCCAAGUUAUCCGGUGCCUCCUACGUUCUCCUGCUCCUCCUUGUCAUUGCCUCAGUGAGCAAAGGGCAGGAUCAGAACAAUGGAACGGACAUGACUGCACUUCAGAAGCAUGUGUCCUUCUUCGACAGGGACAAAGAUGGUGUCAUUUACCCAAUAGAGACCUUCCAAGGAUUUCGCGCAAUUGGGUGUAGCAUUCCUUUGUCUACCGUGAGCGCCCCUCUAAUCCACGCCUUCCUUAGUCCUAAAACCAACAAUGGAAGCAUACCAGCCAUCAAACUCCCUAUUAUUGUAGCCAACAUUGCAAAAGGCAAACAUGGAAGUGACUCUGGUGCCUAUGACACUGAUGGAAAGUUUGUUCCCGAAAAGUUUGAGGAGAUAUUUCAGAAGCAUGCGCACGCUCACCCCGAUGCAUUGACAUCCGACGAGUUGAAAGAGAUGCUUAAGGCGAAUCAACAACCCGGUGACCUGCCAGGAUCGUUUGCUAGCCGGACAGAGUGGGAGAUUUUAUUCUCACUUGUUAAGGAUAAAGAUGGAUUGCUUCAAAAGGAAACACUAAGAUCUGUCUUUGAUGGAAGUUUGUUCUACAAACUGGAGGCGGAGAACAAGUCUCCCAAAUGA